CACCAAAGCUCGCUCGCUCUCUCUCUCUCUCUCUCUCUCUCUCUCUCUAUAUAUAUAUAUAUAUAUUAUAAUUAACCAUAAAACUUCUGAGACUUUCUUUCAAACCCAUCAACAUGGCUCUUUGCCGCUUCUCUUCCUUCGCUCUGCUUUCAUUUUUGCAUAUUGCCCUGCUUUCAGCUCUCUGCUUUGCUGGAGACCCAUAUGUUUUUAGUGAGCUUCAUUUCUCCUAUACCACCGUCUCUCCUCUCGGUGUUCCUCAACGGGUGAUUGCUAUCAAUGGGGAAUUUCCUGGUCCUCUUAUCAACGUGACUACAAAUAACAAUGUUGUUGUUAAUGUAUGGAAUGAAUUGGAUGAAGAUCUCCUCAUUACUUGGCCUGGUGUUCAAAUGCGACGUAAUUCAUGGCAGGAUGGUGUUAUUGGCACAAACUGUCCAAUUCCUUCCAAAUGGAAUUGGACAUAUCAGUUUCAAGUCAAAGAUCAAAUUGGGAGCUACUUCUACUUCCCUUCUCUUGGUUUCCAAAGAGCUUCUGGUGGCUUUGGCCCCUUUAUGAUCAACAACAGGAAAGACAUUCCCAUUCCUUUUGCACAACCAGAUGGGGAUAUUGUCAUUCUGAUUGGUGACUGGUUUACACAGAACCACACAGCCCUGCGAACAACACUGGAUGCUGGAAAAAAACUUGGCAUGCCAGAUGGAGUUCUUAUUAAUGGGAAGGGGCCUUAUCGUUACAACACCACUCUUGUACCAGGCGGUAUUCAGUAUGAAACUAUUAAUGUUGACCCAGGCAAACUUAUCGGAUUCCGUGUUCAUAAUGUGGUUUCAACUAGUUUGAACUUCAGAAUUCAGAAUCAUAAUCUACUCUUGGUAGAAACAGAGGGGUGUUACACAAGUCAAUCAAAUUACAGUCAAUUUGAUAUUCAUGUUGGGCAGUCAUACUCUUUUCUGGUUUCCAUGGACCAGAAUGCAAGCACAGACUAUUAUAUUGUUGCAAGUCCCAGGUUUGUUAAUGAAUCAUUGUGGCAAAGGGUUACAGGAGUUGCAGUUUUACAUUAUUCCAAUUCCAAGGGACCAGCAACUGGUCCUCUCCCUGAUCCACCCAAUGAUUUUUAUGACAAGGAGGCAUCAAUGAACCAAGCAAGAAGUGUCAGGCAAAAUACAUCUGCCAGUGGAGCUCGUCCCAAUCCUCAAGGGUCCUUUCGGUAUGGCUCCAUCAAUAUAACUGAUACUUACAUGUUGAAGGUUCUGCCUCCAGUGCCUAUCAAUGGCCAAGUUCGAGCUGCCAUUAAUGGCAUUUCAUUUGUUAAACCUGAGAUACCAUUUCGGCUAGCUGACCACCACAAGUUGAGAGGAAUUUACAAGCUCGAUUUUCCCAGUAAGCCACUGAAUAGAACUCCAGUGAUGGACAGAUCUUUAAUCAAUGCUACAUAUGGAGGGUUCAUUGAGAUUAUAUUGCACAACAAUGACACCACAAUACAGAGCUUUCACAUGGAUGGCUACUCCUUUUUCGUAGUGGGGAUGGGCUAUGGUGAGUGGUCAGAAAAUUCUAGAGGUACAUAUAAUAAGUGGGAUGGAAUUAUUCGCUGCACAAUUCAGGUUUAUCCUGAAGCAUGGACAGCAAUCCUUGUUUCUCUUGAUAACACUGGAGCAUGGAACCUGAGAGCAGAAAACCUGGACCGAUGGUAUCUUGGCCAAGAAACAUACCUGAGGAUUGUCAAUCCUGAAGAAAAUGGGGAUACAGAAAUGGCAGCACCAGAUAAUGUUCUGUACUGUGGACCCCUCAAGUCUCUUCAGAAGCAGCAGGACCACUCUUCUGGAGUUCGUAGUUUUGGAGUAAACUUGAAGCAUUACAUGAUGAUGCUGCUGGCACUUUUUACUGCCAUUUUCUUAUCUAGCUAAGCUUCUCUGCUAUGUCUGUGAGGUUUUGGAUAUCUGUAGGAUAGUAUGCCCAAAGGGUAAUACUAAUUUUAGGUGUAAAGAUUGUUCUGAGUCAAGAUUUUCUUUUGGUUGGCCCUCAUCUUCUUAACUUAGUUGCUAAUGGACUAAAGGAUGAAUUAAUGAUUUCAUUUGGUUUGAUAAUUCUUUA